UUGUUAUUUACGUCAAUUUGAAAGAAUUACAUGCGAAAAAAGAAAGGAAGUUAAAGUCACAGGUCAUCAGAAGCAUUUGGAGUGAUAUGUGUCUUGUAUUAGUUCGAUGACAAUGUAGCUUAGUGCUUACUAAACGGAUUUAAAUUGCAAAAACGAAUUGCGUAUAUAGUUAUUCUAAUUAGAAAUAUCUGUUACUCUAUAUAAACAGCAGACUACAAUAGGAAUCUUCAUUUUACAAACAAAGUUGUAGUUGAUAGCUUCGCUCGUAUAGAUAAAUUAACAAAUAUGGAAUCUAGUAGAAUAUUGGGAGAUAGUUCAGUGGUCAUUUCUGGAAUAUCUGGUAGAUUUCCUAAAAGUGAUAAUAUAAGUGAUUUAAUAGAUAAUCUAAUGAAUGGAAAAGAUUGCGUUUCAUCAGAUAACACGAGAUGGACAUAUAAUGACGCUAAAAUUCCAACGCGUAUCGGAACGAUGUCACAAAUAACAAAGUUUGAUAAUAUUUGUUUUGGAAUCAAUGCAAGACAAGCAGAAUUUAUUGAUCCGACAUCAAGACUGGCAAUGGAAGUUGCGUUCGAAGCGAUCACUGAUGCUGGGAUUAAUCCUGUCGAACUAAAGAACACGAAAACGAAUGUUUACGGAGCAUUGACUUUUUCCGAGUCAGAUUUAUCUCUCUUCUACGAGAAUAAACUGCAAAAUGGUCUUACGAUUUCUGGAAGCAGCCGAGCUAUGUUUUCAAACCGAAUAUCUUUUUCCAUUGGUUUAAUCGGCUCUAGUUGCACGAUCGAUGCCACUUGCGCAUCCAGCGGAGUAGCUAUUCAAAAAGCCUACGAAGCUCUUAAUGCUAAAAUUUGCGAUUUUGCAAUUGUUAUUAGUGGAUGCAUAAUUUUAUAUCCACAAACGUCUUACAGCAUGUCUGAAUUAGGGUUAUUGUCUGAAGAUGGUUUUAAUCGCUCUUUCGACAUAAAAGCUAAUGGAUUUACAAGGAGUGAGUCGUUGGGAGCAUUUAUYAUGCAAAGAGCUAAAAAUGCUAAACGGAUAUACAGCGAAAUUGUUAAUACUAUUGCAUUGUAUGGCGAAUCAAUAGAAGAAAAAAAUUGUUUAUAUCCAACAGCAAAAUUUCAGGCUGAAAUUAUGGAGAAAACUUUAAUAGAUUGCGACGUAAAACCAAGUGACGUAAGUUACAUCGAAGCCGAUGGUACGGCGAUCAAAUUGAUGGAUCGCGAAGAAAUAAAGGCAAUAGAUCUAGUAUAUGGUGAAAAUCGAAGUCCAUCUGAUCCUCUUCUAAUAGGAUCGGUUAAAUCAAACAUUGGUCAUACAUUUAAUAAUAAUACAAUGAAUUCGAUCAUAAAGGUACUUAUUGCUAUGGAGACAGGAGUUAUACCUCCGAAUCUUCAUUACGACGAGCCUCCGGAAGAUGCGAAAUGUCUUCAGGACGGACGCGUAAAAGUUGUUACAGAAUCGGUACCUUGGACGGGCGCUUAUGCUGCUGUAAACACARCCUCUAUAAACGGUUUCUUUUCUCACAUUAUCCUAAAACGUCAUUUCAAAGAGAAACUAAAGAGAGACCGUUCRUYCUAUAAUAUGCCUCGACUAUAUGUAAUUUCUUGUAGAAAUGAGGAGAUGAUAUCAUCGAUCUUUAACGUCUUGAAGCAGAACAAAGGAGAUGACGAACUGGCUCAAUUAAUAAAUGACAUUACCGAGAAACCAUUUAUGCAUUCUCUGUAUUCUGGAUAUAUAGUAAUUCCUGAAUUUGAAGAAGAUAAUUCAGAACAAUCGAUAGAGCYGAUUAAAGAYGAAUCCCGACAGAUCUGGUUCGUAUUUUCGGGGAUGGGCUCGCAAUGGACUGGAAUGGGUGAAUCGCUAAUGAAGAUACCAAUCUUUGCUGAAGCAAUCAAAAAAUGUGAUGAAAUUUUAAGACCUCGAGGUUACGACAUUAUACAUAUAAUAUGCGACAAAGAUCCAAAAAUAUACGACAAUAUUAUACAUUGUUUUCUGGGAAUCGCAGCUAUACAAAUCGGUUUGGUAGAUAUUUUAUACGCCGUUGGCGUGCGACCAAAUUACAUGAUUGGACACUCUGUCGGUGAGCUUGGUUGUUCUUACGCUGAUGGUUGCUUUUCCGCUGAGGAAAUGAUUUUAUGCGCUCUCUCACGAGGUUUGGCAUCGGUAGAGAGCAAUUUAAUACAUGGAACGAUGGCUGCAAUCGGACUUGGCUACCACCAAGUUAGACAUCUUUGUCCAGAAGACAUUGAUGUUGCUUGUCAUAAUGGGCCCGAUAGUUGCACAAUAAGUGGACCUACCGAAUCCAUAAAUGCUUUUGUCAAUGAAUUACAGAGUAGAGGAAUAUUUGCUAAAACCGUGCCAACUAAUAAUAUUGCUUACCAUAGUCGUUACAUUUCCCCAGCUGGUCCUAAAUUGUUGGAUUAUUUAAAGAAAGUUAUUCCUCGACCAAAAAAACGUAGUAAACGUUGGAUAAGCACGUCCGUUCCGAAAAACGAAUGGGACUCAACGAAUGCUCUCUUUUCCUCAGCGGAAUAUCAUACAAAUAAUCUCCUUUCUUCUGUUUUAUUCGAAGAAGUAUUAAAAACAAUACCAAAAAACACUAUUACCAUUGAAAUUUCUCCUCACGGACUUUUACAGGCAAUUCUGAAAAAAUCCUUGUACAACGAUUGCAUUAACUUAUCAUUAACRAAACGAGACCAUAAGGACAAUGCAACUUUAAUUUUAUCCACGUUAGGAAAGCUUUAUAAUCUAGGGUGUCCUAUUAAGCCAGGAAAAUUAUAUCCAAAAGUUCCUUAUCCUGUUUCUACAGGAACCCCAUCGAUUUCUUCGCUCGUCCUAUGGGAACAUAAUUCCGACUGGCGCGUUUGCUCUUCUAUAGCAAAAACGAGGCAAAAACUUGGAGAACGCUCGUUUCUCUUGAAUUUGAAAUCAGACGAAUAUAAGUUUUUACGAGAUUUUCAAAUWAAUGACGAUGUGAUCGUACCAUCAGCAAUUUAUUUAAAUUUACUUGCAAAUAUGUACUUARACUUAUUAUUAAAAAAGGAUGAGAAAUCCCUAACGCUCCAGAAUAUUAUUAUUAACCAUAAAUUACUAAUAGUACCUAGAAACGGCAAAAUGAACUUUAAUAUUACGAUAUUAAAAGGCUCGGGAAAAUUUGAAAUAAGAACCAAAGGUAAAAUGAUUGCUUCUGGAAUUAUAAGCCUAACAGAAACAGAAAAGAAUGAUAUUCCUGAAGUAACUUUACGAGAAAAAGAGAUGGAAAUUUUAACCGAAAAAGAAAUUUACUCGAAUCUACUUUUACGUGGUUACCAAUAUGAGGAGUCUUACAAUAUUAUAAGCAGACUUUCUACAUCGUGUUCUAAUGGAACGUUUAAAUGGACCAGUGAUUGGAGAUUAUUACUAGAAGGAUUAAUUCAAGUACAUAUCUUUAACAGUAGGAAUAAAAAUAUGUUGAUACCGAGAAAGAUAGAAAAACUCGUCAUUGACAAGGCACAAUUAACAGAAAAAAUGAAGGAAAGCAAUGCAUUACCGAUGAAGUUUGAAAAACGUGUAAACGUGAUAGCAUGCCCAGGAAUUACAAUAUUUGGGAUCCAAUUUARAGAAAUAAUAUUUAAAAACCGUAAUUGGAAAAUUGUGACGGAUGAACUUCGAUUUUUCCAAAACAUCAAUAAAUCAAAGAUGGAUAUUGACGACCUAUUAAACGCAGUACUUGGAUUAAUUUCAACAAAUAUUAGAAUUAAUAGUAGCAAAACGAUAUUGAUAACGAAUGCGUCAAAAAAGGAAAAUGAGAAUAUUUUUGAGUAUCUCGAGAAUACCAUACAAAGGACGAAGAAAAACUUYAAUGUAAAAUUAAUUGCUAGAGAGUURCUUUACCAGUCAUUAAAUGAGAAUUUUAUUUUGACGAUUAUAAAUAACGCGCAUUAUACCGACGUAAGAAAAUUUAUCAGUAAUUUCGGUAAAGAAUCAUUUUUAUUGACAAUCAUUGAGACAGAAGAGGAAUAUAAUGCUAUUUCUGCAUUGACAAGUGUAGGAUUAAACGUCGUCCUACAAAUAAAAAUUGCUUCUUGUCGUAUAGCUCUACUUUUACAUAAAGAAAGAAAUAUAGGAAAAACGGUUGUCGUUAAUAGAAAGACAGAAAAAAAUUGUUUAGAUCGGUUAAAAGUCUAUUUACGAGACUCGAAAUAUGACAAUGUUAUAUUUGUGGUAAACACUAUUAUCGAUAAUGAUAUAUUUGAGAUACUUCGAGAUAUAAAMCRAGAACUGGGGUAUAAGAAACUUCAAAUUUUUGAUUUACAAGAUGAAAAAGCACCAAAAUUUUCACUUGARAAUGAAUUCUAUAAAUCACAAAUAAAACUUAAUCUUCCUGAAAACGUCUUAGCGUCAAAUGGGAUAUGGGGCACAUACAGAUGGAUGCCAUUGACAAUAAGGACUACUUCUUCUUCGCGUCAACAAGCUAAAAUUAAUAAAUCCGGUUCAUUAAUAUGGAUAGAAUAGUUACCAUUAAUUAAAGAAAAAAAURAAACAGUAGUAAAAGUAGAAUGUUCAUCAUUUGACCUAAAUGUUUAUGAAUACUGCUUAAAAAAUGACGUCAGCCUAGAAUCACAGAUAUCYAUUACAGAAUAUUCAGGAACRGAUGAAAAAGGUCGUAGAGUAAUGGGACUAGUUGAUAAUUUMACUAUAAGYAAUGAA